UGAUUCUACUGCUUACUUCAUCUCCUCAACACCUCCGUGCCGUGGAACAAUGAGGAAGCUGGUCUUGGUGGCUGUGAUCCUUCAGCUGGUGAUCGACAUAAAUGGAUUCCAGUUUGGAGAUAUCAUCUCUUUCAAACCUAGGUGUAAGCCGAUUCUGGGGAAAAGAUUUUACUACCAGCACUUUGCCGUCUAUGUGGGCGACAGACAACUCCCUGGUAAAGAAGACGGGCAGGACAUAUUUGAACGAAUAAAAGAUAGUCCAUCCUGUGUUUUCUCCACACUGGACAUGGCUGAGGAGCCUGAAGUAGCCAAUUACCUCGAUGGAUACAAGGACAAGAAAGGAAAAGAGUACAAGGCAGGAACUGAGGCAGAAAUAACCGCGCGCAUCAACAAACAAAAAGUCAACUGUGGGGGGUACAAUGUCGCCAAGAACAACUGUGAACAUCUUGCUACCUAUGUGCGUUACGGAGUGAAGGUUGCACUGCAGUUCAACAUGACUGGUGAAAACCUCUGCUUCAACAACCCAUUCAGAAUCAAGACCAAAGAUAUGGUGAAGUACGUAAGGGAAAAUGCAGAGUGCCACAACAAUGUUGCCGGGUUACAAGUAUUCCCUCAAUUAACCCUCUCAGCGGGUCUUGCUCUCCUCUGCUUUGUCCUGAUGUGAUCGUCAGGGGCGCUUACAGGAUGAUGGGUCACACAGUCCUUAAUGUAGAAAAGGAUCUAACAGCACGAGGAGCUGCAGUUUCUACUUUGAUGUUCUCAUAUAUGCAUUCUUUUUUGAGCCUCGAGUUUUUUGUUCCUGUGAUAACCACAGAGCUUCUCCUCCUAACCUUUGUCCUUUCAGUUCUGUCACACCCAGGAUGUUUCUGCUCAGCAGCAGUACACAACUACUUUCUAUUGUCUAUUUCCUCUGUUACUUCUCUCAGACUCUUCAGUGAUGUACUGAACCUUCUUUGUGCAAGAAUAAAGACUUAAAAGACU